AUGCAGGUUCACCACUAUUUUUCGUGUACAUGUUUGCUAUACGUGAUUUCAUCCAAUCAAAUGGCGUUGUUUUUCAAGGAAGAUGAUGCCAAUUGGCCAGAACCGGACAAAGUAGGACGGCAAGAGCUGGAGAUUUUGAUGAACAAUGAACACAUCUCGUUCACAACAGGAAAAAUUGGUUCAUUGGCAGACGUAAACAACAGCAAGGAUCCUGAUGGUCUUCGUUCGUUUUACUAUCUGGUUCAGGAUCUCAAAUGUCUUGUGUUUUCUUUGAUUGGACUUCAUUUCAAGAUCAAACCUAUUUAA